AUGCUGCCAAGUCAGGUGAUCUUUGACCUCAACUCACCAGCCACGCCUAAUACACAGCCACACCUGAACAUCCAUGACAGCCGUGAAGGAGAGCAACAGGACAACAACGUCAACUGAAGUUGAACCAUGCUGUACUCUAUAAUAAUAUUAACCUACACAUUGGGGACUACGUCUGUACAUACGUCAUGUUAAGCAUCCUACAGUCUAUACGCUUCCCACGUGACGCCUCUGAUUUCCACCGGUGAUCUCUGGUGCCCACCGGCAUUCAAGCUCUCAACACUCGGAAUCGCUCCGGGCCCCCGACCUAAUGUCUCGUUACGGAGAACCUCCUAAGUCCAGAGCCAACGGCUACAAUCCAUACGCGAACGGUUAUGGACAAGAGAGUGGGGGGGACAGAUACGAACAAGCUGACGACGAGGAUCGAAACCCUUAUGCUACAUACAACGACAAUCGCGCACGGACUCAACCCACCAACGAUCGUGGCAAUCACGGCGGAUACGAGGGAUAUGGCGACUAUGACAGGCCACAGGAAGUCCAAACACAGCGACCAACAAGUCUAGAGCGCCGGCAAGCGAGACGACGGAGCCCGGCCUAUGACCGCCAGGGUAACGGUGCUCGAGCUCCCGGUGGCGUUGGAGAUGGGGGUAGUCAGAUUGGGGAUGUGCUGGAUUAUAUCCGGCAGGAUUGGGACUUCAUGACGGACGACAAGUGUAUACCCAUGCAAGUUGCCCUUCAGCUCAUGGACACCAGCUCGCUGGGUCUUGCCUCGCGACACUCCCACUUCCGAGAUACCCACGGUCAGCUUCAAUCGGCACUGCGAAGUAUCGUGAACGAACACCAUCAAGGGUUCAACAGCUCGAUCGGAACCUUUCACAACAUCCAGUCCAGCAUACAGGAUUCCCAAUCGCGGAUUCGGUUUUUAAAGGAGGCGCUUGUGCAAGGCAAAACGAACCUAUCCUCCUCCAAGCCCGAACUAAGCGCGCUAGCGGUCGCCUCACAAACGUACGACGACAUGCUUUUGCUGCUCGCAACAACGGAGCAUCUACAAGGCAUUCCGGAGAAGCUCGAGGCCCGUGUGUCAGAGAAGCGCUUUCUAAGCGCUGUAGAGCUUUUACAGGAUGGUCUCCGGACCAUUAGAAAAGCAGAAAUGGACAACAUCGUGGGAUUGAGCGAUUUGAGAGUGUACCUCAGCAACCAGGAGCACUCUUUGACCGACAUCCUGAUCGAAGAACUACACAGUCAUCUGUACCUCAAAUCCCCCUACUGUGAGGCCAGAUGGAAGCAGUAUGCUCCGAACCAAGGUAGAAUUCCGGGUACGGAACGAAACAGCGCGUCCAUAGAUACCCGCGUAAGAACGCUAUUUCAAUUUCUGGACAAGCUGGACACAUCCGCUACCAUGGUCGAGGACCCUUCCAGGAACCCGGAAGCAGACACCUUUCAAUACAUUCAGCUUCUUGUCGAGGCAUUGAAUAACAUGAGCCGACUCGACGUGGCGGUGGAAACCAUUGAACACAGGAUGCCGGUAGAGCUGUUCCGCGUGGUCGAACGGUGCAACAACGAGGUCGAUCAACGCCACCCGGGCCGUUUGCGAACCGUCCGAGGCCGCCACUCUCCGGCCGUAGACCCGGAAAGCUACCGCAACCGCAUAGUCCUGACCGAUCUGUUGUGGACACUUUAUGCCCGGUUCGAGGCCAUAGCAGAAGGCCAUCGGGUUGUCCACGAUGUUAUCGUUGGCAUCACGAAGCGUGAAGGCGUCCGAGAAGCGUCCGGGUUGACGCGAGGCUUUCGAGAGUUGUGGAAGCUCUAUCAGAGUGAAAUACGUUCGCUCCUCCAUGAUUAUCUUGCAAGCGAUGGAAAUUCGUCGCUGCGCAGUGGUUUGAGUCUUGGCGCUGGCGGUAACAUCUUCGCGCGAAAACAGCGUGACAAAACUAGACCGCUUUUCCACCUUACUGAUGUAGACGUCAAGUCAGCCGAGAUCGCUUCGGAGAAAGACGAGCUAAACGCAAUCUUGAAGUCGUCAGUACCUGGUCUUGUUUCUGAUGCAAAGCUACCUUCGAUUGGUACUCAAGGCAUCACCUCUGGAGGGGGCGACGGGAGUGCAACCGGGCACAAGCUCCUCGUCGAUCCGAGUGUUUUCAAUAUGGGGGUGCUUCUACCCCCAUCUUUGACGUUCCUAAACAAGCUCAAGGAGGUGGUGCCCAUGGGCUCCGAUAUCGUCAUUAGUACCCUGACAUCUUUCCUAGACGAUUUUCUCGUCAAUGUGUUCUUACCUCAACUGGACGAGACCCUCACCGAGAUUUUGGGAAUGAUCUUAGUCGAAGUCGACGCGUUCCAAAAAGACUCGAAAUGGAACCAGAGGGCAUCGAAGCCCAUCUUCAAGGGGUGCUCAAAAUUCUUUGCCGUCCUGGAGUCAUUCUGUGGGAUGCUGGAUCGACUUCCUCAUGAUCAAGCCUUUACGCAACUGAUAAUCUCCCAGCUCGUCACCUACUAUGACAAAUGCUACGGUUGGCUUAAGGCAAUGUUGACUCGGUCCCAACCAAAGACAGGAUCGGGGCAACGGGGUAAAGCUGCUGCCUUUUUAGUUGAGGAUGAUGAAAUCCAAGGCAUUUUAUCCACCAUGACGUUGUCCCAAGCGGACGAGCUGGCGGCAUUGAAUGACAAAGAGACAUCAAUCCUGAUAGAUCGAUUCAGCAACGACCCGAUCGAUGAAUUUGAUAUCAUACAAGAUCGGAAGAAUAUCGGGUCGCUUUGCCUGUUGUACAACAGCAUGAAAUGGCUAUCCACAAAGAUGAACCAGCUUCGUAGGAUCAGUGAUCGAACCACCGACACUUCCAGAAGAGAUUCGACACGAGGACUCCAGCAACGAUGGACCCUCGUUGCAUCGGAAUUCGUGUCGGACGAAGAUUCUCCGUACCUCCCCCUGAAUCGAGAGACAGCAGAUGCUUUUGAUGGUGUUGUCCGUUCAUAUCAAGAACUUGCCACGAAAGUGUUGCGAGUAUUGCAUAUUGAAAUUCGUUGUCAUAUCAUGCUGUAUCUUCGAAAGUCAUUGGAGCGAACCUACCAACUCGAGGAAUUGAUCGAUGAGCCCGAUCCUGAGGUCACUGCCCUGAACGAUGACUUGGUUUCAUAUGACGAAGAGCUUGGAACGCUGCUCCAACCGUCUCAACAUGAAUAUGUAAAGUGCGGAAUCGGUGCUCUUAUGGACCAAGUGCUCGUCCACAACGCUGCAAAGAUCCCCGUCAUGAACGACAAUGGCUGUGGCCGGAUGCAGCUCAACAUUCUGGUUUUGCAACAAAACUUGAAGAACAUUGAGCCGAAUGCCCUUCUCUCGCGCAGUGCCCAACUGUUUGAUUAUUUUGCCGCCGGACCGGACGAAAUUAUCGCCCAAGCAAAGGAAUCAUCCGGCAAAGACAUGGGCUUCAGUUACGAUGAGCUGAAGCCAAUUAUUGAGCUCUACUAUUCAGAAGCACUACAGUCCACGAGGAGAGAAAUGGCUGUCCAGGCCCGCCGAGGGCUCGAUGACCACUUGCUUCAGCUUAGCGAACAUAUGUGGCAGUCGUAGAGACCGCCAAACUUCUGAACGAAAAGGCUCUCUACGUCGAGGUCGAAUCGAAGUUUCAACCGCGAAACCCUCGUGGUUGCAACAGGUUUCUCAUAUCGCGGAAUUCCGCGACCUAUGCCGUCCAUUCAGAAGGAUUUAUUCUAGAGUCGCGAAGAAUCUC